GCCGCCUCUCCCAGGCCUGGCGACUGGUGGCCCCAAACAGAGACAGAGGAACGCCAAGCGUCCCCAGCCCCGUCCGAGGAGGCUGGAGGGCUGGGGCGCGGCCCCCAAGAGAUCUCAGCGCGCAGGUGGGUCCUGAUGAGGCCUGGGAGCUUAGUCCCAGCCACACUCCUCUGGGCACCAUGUGUACUCCCGAAGAGACAUCGCUACUACAAGUAGAAGAAACUUUCUUGGCUUUGCUUGGCCGCAUCAACACCCUUGUCUUUCAGCCUCUGCUCCUAGUAGAAGAGCCCUCGCACUCAAAGGAUCAGGAGUGCUUGCGGCUGCUACUGCAGCUCAGUGAGCAGUAUCAGUGCCUGUGGGAGCUGACCCAGACCAGCCUCCGAACCCUGAGGCAGAGGCUCAACUCCCCAGCCACCUUCACCCUGCACAGCCUUCACCUCCUGGAUAGCCUGCACCUGUUCCUGGAGGCCUACCAACAAUAUUUUGUGAUAUACACCAGCUGUGUGGCCGUGCAGACCUUUCAGAAGGCUACCAGGAAGAAGAGUGAGUUUUGGAGGAGCCAGAGGAAGGCACUGAAGCAGUUCCUGACCAACGUGAUCUUGGAGACUUCGGGGGCCGAGGCCCUGCCCCAUGUCCUCUGCCAGCCCCUCACAGAUCACGUGCAGCAGUAUGUGCUUCUCUUGCUGAGACUCGGAGAUGCUGUUGGUCAGCGCCACCCUGCCUGGGUGCAGGUUAUCCAGGCUGCCGACCGCUUCGUGGCUCUUCAGUCCUUCAUCAGACAGGCUCUGAAAGAGGCCUCGGCCACCCAGGCUCUAUGGGAGAUGCUGAGCAACAAGCUGGUGGAUGCCCUCUGUACUGCAGACCGGCGACUGCUUCAGGACAGCCAGGAAGUACCAGUGGUGGCCAGCCCGGUCCGAGCUGACCGCAUCCUCCUUUUCAAUGAUGCUCUUGUUCUACUGCAGGGUCACAGCUUCCAGAUCUUUGACCUGAAGCUGGUGUGGGUGGAUGGCAAGAAGCUUGACAAAAAGCAGACCUCGAGCAGGUAUGGGUUCUGUGUCAUCACACCUGAAGAAGAGUUCUUUCUCUCUGCAAAAGAUGUCCAGGGCAAGGCUUGCUGGCUGUCCAAGGUGAGCCAGGCCAUCUGCCAGGCCCUGAGUGGGAAGAGAGACAUGCCCACGACAGAGCAGGACCAGGAACAGGAGGGGGUCAAACCCCCUGCCUCUCGCUGCUGCCUCUACACUUUUCGAACUGAGGAGCGGCUCCGUCUUGCCACCUAUGAUGGCGAUUGGUUCUGGGGGAAGCCUCAUGGAAAGGGCACCUUGAAGUGGCCAGAUGGAAGAAAUCACGUGGGUGGUUUCCACCAGGGUCUGGAGCAUGGGUUUGGGAUCCGCCUGGUCCCAAAUGGGACUGAAGACAAGUAUGACUGUUACAAAUGCCACUGGCGGGAAGGCCAGAUGCUGGGCUAUGGCAUCUGUGAGUACGCCAAUGAGUCCAUGUACAAAGGCUACUUCCGAGAUAACAUGCGGCAUGGCUUUGGGGUCCUGGAGAGCUCCCCGCAGGCUCCCAAGCCCUUCAAGUUCAUGGGGCACUGGGACAGGGACAAGAAGAAUGGAUAUGGGGUCUUGGAAGACAAAGACAGGGGAGAACGUUAUAUUGGAAUGUGGCAGGCUGACCACCGGCACGGGCAGGGCAUUGUGGUCACCCAGUCUGGUAUCUGUUACCAGAGGACUUUCCAUGCAGAUAAGAUGGUGGGCCCUGGCAUACUUCUCUUGGAAGAUGACUCACUCUAUGAGGGCAGCUUCACAAGAGACCUGGUCUACACAGGCAAGGGCAAAAUCACUUUCCCCAAUGGCUACUUCCUAAAGGCCUCCUUCAGUACGGGGAUCGGCAAGGGCUUCCAUACCCAGGGUGUCCUGGAGACAACUGCUCACACUCUGGACCCCUUGCAUACCUGUAAACGCCAGCUGGGGCUAGAUGUCUUUCCUGUGGAGAGCCGAUGGCGAGGCAUCUACCAGCAGUUCCAGGAGUUCAUCCACUCUAACUGUCCAGAGGAUGCUCAGGAGGCUUUCUUGGGCUUCCACAUCCAGACGGCCAAGGAGCUCCGGAAGUCCCAGGAGUAUCUCUUCUGCGACAGAAGUAACCCGGAUGAAGUCUCAGCAAAGAUCAAGGAUAUACUUGCAGAACUGCCAACACACCGGGAGCCAGAGUCACUCCAACUCUACCUGCAGAAAGCCCUGAAGUCUUCGGUGCACCCUCUGGGGAAGCUGCUGAAGAUGCUAACGCUGGCCUUUCAGGCCACCUACUCUGGCAUGGGGGCCAACAAACACCUGCUGGUCUUGGCACAGGAGGAGGUGAGGCACCACGCCAAGGAGAUCUGGGCCUUCUAUCAGGGCCUCUUGCGAGUCGCUCUGAAGCAGCAGGGCCAGAUUCAGGAGGAGAGUGAAGACACCGAUAAAAGUCACCCGGAGGCCUACAGGCUGGUCCUGCCACUCAUCCUGCCCUGCUUCUAUCCAGAACUCUUCAUGCUGUACAUGUUGUACCACGAGAGAGAAGACAGCCUGUAUAGCCAGGGCAUAUCUGACCUGAGCCUGUUCCCAGACACCAAGCUGUUGGAGUGCCUGGAUGUGCAGAAGCACCUGUGGCCUCUUAAGGACCUCACACUGACAACCAAUCAGCGACACUCCCUGGUUAGAGACAAGUGCUUCCUUUCUGCCACUGAGUGCUUGCAGAAGAUCAUCACCACAGUGGAUCCCCGGGAGAAGCUGGAGAUGAUUGAGAAGACCUACAAUGAGAUUGAGGACACAGUUUCCCGGGUUCUGGAGAGGGAAUAUAAGCUUCCUAUGGAUGACCUGCUGCCUUUACUCAUCUAUGUUGUGUCCCGUGCCCGGAUCCAGCACCUGGGAGCAGAAAUCCAUCUGAUCAGGGACAUGAUGGAUCCCAUCCACAGGGGAGGACUGUACGACUUCCUGCUGACAGCCCUGGAGUCCUGUUACGAGCACAUCCAGAAAGAAGACAUGAGGCUGCAUCACUUGGCUGGAGUUGGCAAUCAGAAGGCUCUUUGGUAGCUCCCCCCUGCCAGGGGAUCCCUAGCCUGAGCCUGGGUCAGGUCGAAGGCCAAGGAAGGAGAAGACGGUAGAUGUGUCUACCCAAGGGAGCAGAAAGCUGAUGACAUUUAUUAGUUACCUCCAGUGUGUGGAGCAUCAUGAUGGCUAUGAGAACCAGGCUUUGGUCUGUUCCUCCCAUCCCCAGAGCGGGAGUUCUGGGCACAGCCUAGGCUACCUAGGACGAAUGCCCGUCCCCCUCAGGGUGCCACAUCUCAGGAAAUGGAUGGCUCCUCUCUCUGGCCAUCUUACCCUCUCUUUGCAGCUUCCUCCUGCUGGACUACCCAGCAGGCAGACGUGCAGACUCUAGAGUCUUCCACUGGGCUAGGCUUCCCUGAUCCUUGUUCUGGGGAAGAUGUUACUUAAGGGCAAAAUUAUUUUGCACUUUAAAUAUUUUUUCAAAACUUUUUAAAAGAAAUCGAACAUUUGCUAUGCACAAAGCUACUGUGAGAUACUGUGGAAAAUGUUGAAAUGUCUGUGACAGUCUCUCGCUUUGAGGACCUCACACUGUGGAGAGAGCCCGUGAGGGCAGGAUUCUGCCCUCAGCCAGGACUGAGCACUCUGAGCAAGCUUGACUGUGCUCAUUGGUCCUGUGUGCCUUUGCCCCUCCAGCCUUCUGCUUUUUCCCAGGGGGCCAAGGGAGGGAAGGGGGAAAGCAGGGGCCUGAAAAGCAGAACUUCAGUGCCUUUCACCACAUUGCACAUGACCCAGUACCUUGGGUGGACCCAGCUAGGACACAAAGGUGAACACGAGGGAGGAGGUCUGGGCAGCGAUGGUCUCAAAGCUGCCCAUAGAGUACCAGGUUACACACCAAGCUUUGGGAGUAAUCUUAAGAAUGAUUUCCCCCUCGCCAUUUCCAAGCUGCACCAUUUUCAGCAGCCCCAACUGUAAGUUAAGAGCAGCUCUCAUGCCUAUAGGGCCAGUCAAUAGGUUUGUAAAGCACCUCCCUCACACACACCCUUCUGGGUAUUUGGGGCCAGCACCAUCAGUUCUGUUUUACUGAUGAGGAGACAGGCUGAGAGGCUGCUGUGGAGAGAUUCAGAACUGGGACUGGAACUCAGGCCUAUCUUUGCUCCAUACCAAUAGACAGAGGUCCCUUGGAGCCGAGGGGCAGUCUUCUCUGGAGUGAAGCACAGCGGUGGGAUCACCAAGUGAGAAGCACAACUGGUGGAGCUACGUGGGGUGAUUCCAGAAUGGAAGUGUUUCAAGAGGGCAAGCUGGUGGGGAGGGGAGCCAGCUGCUGCUUACUUUGCCUUCAGUGCUGACCUAUAGGGCUUUGGGGGAGCCUGUGCAGGAGGUGGGGUUUCAUGGGCACCCAGGAGGGAGAGAGGCUGCCUUGGCCUUAAGGUCUGUGGCUGGCCAGGCUCUGCAGGGUCAUACCAAGAACAUAGAUCAAUAAACAUCUGCUGGAAGAGCUUCUGAAGUUAGGUUCUUUUCUUUCUAUCGCAUUGUCCUGCUAGACUGGAUCUCGGAAGCUGUGGCAAUAGGAAAUUACUAUUCAUUUAAAUUAUGUUGACCCAGGGGGCAGCUAGGUGGUGCAGUGGAUAAAGCACCGGCCCUGGAUUCAGGAGGACCUGAAUUCAAAUCCGGACUCAGACACUUGACACUUACUAGC